GCCGGCGGAGCAGCCGGGCGGCGCAUGCGGCUCCGCGGGGCGGGCAGCGGCCGGCCGUGCUGUGCGCGCCGCGGUGGAGGCGACCCUGCUCCGCUCCGCUGAGGGGGAGCCGGGCUUCGCCCCCCGGCCAUGAACGCGGAGAACUUCGGCACCAGCGAGCGCCUGGUGACGGCGGCCUACGUGCGCCAGGGGGCGCAGGGCCGCCGCGGCCAUGAGCUGCUCCUGCGGGCCCUGCUGGAGCAGGGGAAGUGUCCUGAAGAUGGAUGGGAUGAAAGCACCAUUGAACUGUUUCUUCAUGAGCUUGCCAUAAUGGAUAGCAAUAACUUCCUGGGCAACUGCGGUGUGGGUGAGAGGGAAGGAAGAGUGGCGUCAGGACUUGUAGCCCGAAGGCAUUACAGGUUGAUCCAUGGAAUCGGAAGGUCGGGUGAUAUCUCUGCAGUCCAGCCUAAAGCUGCAGGGUCCAGCCUUUUGAACAAACUUACUAAUUCAGUAGUUCUGGAUAUUAUAAGGCUGGCUGGUGUCCGGACAGUGACCAAUUGCUUUGUGGUUCCUAUGGCAACUGGCAUGAGUCUAACUCUGUGUUUUUUAACGUUGCGGCACAAGAGACCAAAGGCGAAAUACAUUAUUUGGCCACGUAUAGACCAGAAAUCUUGCUUUAAAUCAAUGAUAACUGCAGGUUUUGAACCUGUGGUGAUAGAGAAUGUACUAGAAGGUGAUGAGCUACGGACAGACAUUGAAGCAGUGGAGGCUAAAAUCAAGGCUCUCGGUGCUGAAAAUAUUCUUUGUGUGCAUUCUACGACGUCCUGCUUUGCUCCAAGGGUACCUGAUAGGCUGGAGGAGCUGGCUGUCAUUUGUGCUAACUAUGACAUUCCCCAUAUUGUCAACAAUGCCUACGGAAUUCAGUCUUCAAAAUGUAUGCAUCUCAUCCAGCAGGGUGCUCGAGUAGGCAGAAUAGAUGCUUUUGUUCAGAGCUUGGACAAAAAUUUUAUGGUUCCAGUAGGUGGUGCUAUCAUUGCUGGCUUCGAUGCGUCCUUCAUUCAGGAGAUCAGCAAAAUGUAUCCAGGAAGAGCUUCUGCAUCUCCUUCUUUAGAUGUCCUCAUUACACUUCUGUCUCUAGGUGCCAGUGGCUACAAACAGUUACUGAAAGAGAGAAAGGAGAUGUUUUCCUAUCUUUCAAGUGAGCUGAAGAAGUUGGCAGAUACCCACAAUGAGAGACUGUUAGACACACCACAUAAUCCCAUAUCCUUAGCCAUGUCACUGAAGAAUCUAGAUGAAAAUAACGAUGCAGCCGUUACCCAGCUUGGAUCUAUGCUUUUCACGAGACAAGUUUCUGGAGCAAGGGUUGUUCCCUGUGGAUCUGUACAGACAGUGAAUAACUACACUUUUAAAGGCUUUAUGUCACAUUCAAAUGACUAUCCCUGUGCUUACCUCAAUGCUGCAUCAGCAAUUGGAAUUAAAAAGCAAGAUGUAGAUGUAUUCCUAAAAAGACUGGACAAGUGUUUGAAGACUUCUAGGAAAGAAGGAAACAAAGAAAAAAGUGUGAAUGAAAUACGUGAUUCUAAUACAGGCACAGAACAACUUGCAGACUAGAAGAUACGGGCGUAGUAACACAGGAAGAUACACUUUUGUUUAAAGUAUGGGGUUUGUAUUGCAUUGUGAAGCUCCAGUGCAGAAAAUUUAUUCUUAAAAAAACAAACAACAACAACAAAACCUGGGUGAAAUUCAGGUUUAAAGGAAACAGGUGAAAUUCUCCUAUUCUCCCUUCCCAGAAAGUCAGACACAAGCUCUUUGCACCACACAAAUAUACUUAAUAUCUGCCAAAGUAAAACUCUGCAUUCAUAAAAAUCUUGACCUGGCCUGUCAGCCUGUGGGUGACUGUUGGGUCUGGUCACAGAAUGCGUAUGCACAUGUACUUCAUUAACAAGAUUUUCUGUAGCAAUGACUGAAUUCCUGUCUAUGUACACAACCAACAAAUGUUCACUGCUCUCAAUGUGUCUUGCUUUUCCUCAGCUUACUUGCUGUUUUUCAUUUGUCUUCAAAGAUUUAUAUAAAAGCAUUGGGACAGCCCUUACUAAAUACAGUGCUGAAACUUGGUGAAGAAAUUACAGGGUUGGAAUAAUAGUCUUUUCAGAUGUUCUCACAUCUCAUGAACUGCCUAGAACAAAGCAGCCAUCUGUGGCAAAGGAAAACCUAGAAUACCUCAUAUCCUGUCAAUACUCAGCUCUUGAGAACAUUUUCACAGUUCAGCAACCAAAUGUAAUGCUGAGGAAGAGCAGUGAUCAAAGCAUGGGUCUGUGGAGUGGAGAGGGAAAACCAUUUUUAUUUGUUUCAUCUCUUCUUUGAUAGUUACUCUUGAAUAGGGACACUCAGGUCAGAGAUCCACUGACAAGGCGGAAUGCUUUGUGGGAUGAAUGCAGCAGUUUCAAGAGCCAGCGAGACCUGAGGGUGUUUUGGCAUUUUUAGUCCAUUGUUUUUAAAUUUAUAGACAUCCACUUCUGAACUGUCUCCUGCUAUUGGCACUCGCGCUUCUGUGGCUGUGUGCAGUUACUGAUUUGAAUUCAUAAAAGAAACAAUAGAUUCGGGUCUGUUCCUGGAACAAAGGUUCCGUAUCACUGGAGUGACAGUGCUGUAGGUUGCAAAAUUUUUAGUUAAUUAUUCUUAAAUACAAUUACUACAUUGUAUGUAGGUUUUUAUGUCACUUACUGUUCAAAGUGAGCUGAACAUUCAAAGACAUUUUUCUAUGCGCAUAAUGUAGUAAUAGUUUGGACACCACGAUUAAUGAGUUCUAAAUGUCAGAAAAAUUUCUAGUUAUUUUGUUUGGUGGGAUCUGAGCCGUAUCCUUCAGAGCCCUCUGGAAAUUGCCUUAUCAAAACAGUGCUUUUGAAAGGACCGUCCCUCCAGUGUGCUCACAUGAAUUGAUACAAGAGGUGAAGUUAAUAUGUGGAAGUUAAUAGACUGCUAAUCAUCCUGAAGGUGCUUUCACUUGCAAAGUUCAUUGUAUCUUUAGUUUAAAUUGAACCUGCUCCCACAUUGUUAUUGCUACAGUUACACUUCAGAUUGAUUAAAGCUUGUGGAAGGGAUGGCUCCCUGGACUACAGUCACCGUUGUUAUUUGCUGUACAAGCACAUCUUAGGAGAAAGGUAAUAUAACUUGACCACUCAGUCCUUCUGGCCACAAGGAGAUGUAUUUUUCUUUUCUUUUCUUUUUUGGUUUUGUUUUGAGACGAUGCUGUACCUCAGUUUUCCCAGUCAGUAAAACUCUCCCACAGGCGUGAGAGACUAAACGCUGUAGCUCACUCUGCCCUCUUUAUAGCAGAGAAUUGGAGCAGAUGGUGAAAACCACGGGGCCUUAGUAAUAACCUUUCUUCCUGGUUUUGGACAUUGCUCUUUCCUGCCUGAAUAAGCAGAAGUUACUGAUUUAGAUGACUAGUCACAAAAUGUGAAUAUUAGAACUGCUGUUAAGAGAGUUUGGGGGGGGGUGCAUGGUAGCAGCUACAAUAAGGAUUUGAUGAGUAAUAUCCUGAAACUGGAAAAAAAAACACCCAACAGCAGUUGCCUUUCUUGAGAGAAAAAGACCUCUACUCUACUUUUUAUGUUCUUGUAAUAAAUUGUCUGCUGCAAAUAAUUUACUCACUUCUACGCUAGAUUGAACUGCUUUCUCAGGUA